AUGACUCCUUCAAGAAGUUCGUUCGAUGCUGAAAAGCUCCUCUUUUUGGCUCUCUCCUUUUUCGUAAUCGUUGAGACCUUCAGAGGUGGCCCUCACGCCGCAAUGGCACAAAGCAGUAACAACAACAACAAUGUGACAACGAUCCCGGUUAACGUUGGGGUGGUUCUUGAUCUGGAUAAGUGGGAGGGUCAAAUGGAAUUGAGCUGUAUUAACAUGUCUCUCUCUGACUUUUAUACCUCAAACCCUUCCUACAAGACUAGGCUCGUCCUCAACGUGAGAAACUCCAAACGAGAUGAGGUUGAUGCUGCUGCUGCAGUCUAUGCCUUUUCGAAUAAGAAUUUCCAUUAUCUCAGUCUUUUCUGGUUCACCAUUGCAGCACUUGAUUUGAUAAAUAAUAAGCAAGUCCAAGCCAUAAUAGGCCCUGGAAGCUCAGCACAAGCAGACUUCAUCAUUGACCUUGGCAACAGAUCUCACGUGCCCAUCAUCUCCUUUUCUGCUACUAGUCCUUCCCUCAGUUCGAUUCGAAGUCCAUACUUCAUUCGAGCCACGCAGAAUGACUCGUCCCAAGUGAAUGCCAUAAGUGCAGUCGUCCAAGCUUUUGGCUGGAAAGAGGCAGUCCUCAUAUAUGUCGACAACGAGUUUGGACAAGGCAUCAUACCUUCUCUUACUGACGCUUUGGAAGAAGUCAAUGCCCGAGUGCCCUAUAGGAGCGUUAUUCGUCCUUCGGCCCCGGACGAUCAAAUCCUAGAGGAACUCUACAAGUUAAUGACGAUGCAAACGAGGGUCUUCAUCGUGCACAUGUCACCUACCCUUGGUUCUCGGCUAUUUGCCAAAGCAAAAGAGGUGGGAAUGAUGAGCAGAGGUUAUGUGUGGAUCUUGACUAAUGGUAUCACUGACCUAUUGAAUUUGGUGGAUUCAUCCGUUGUCGCUAGUUCGAUGCAAGGAGUAUUAGGCAUCAAGACUUAUGUCCCGGACACACCAAACCUAGACAACUUCAUGGUUCGAUGGAAGAUGAAAUUCCAGCAAGACAAUCCAUCUAUCCUUAAUCCUACGUUGAACAUUUUCGGAUACUGGGCUUAUGAUGCUACUCGAGCUCUCGCAAUAGCCGUCGAGGAAAUAGGUGCGAUGAAUUUUACUUUUCGCAUGGUGAAUUCCUUGAUAGAUGCAACGGAUCUCAACUCUCUUGGGGUCUCUCAGAAUGGGCAAAAACUUCUCCAAGGACUAGCCAAUAUGACAUUAGCAGGCCUCACUGGUAAUUUUAGCCUUGUCAAUGGACAGCUAGAGUCGUCAGCGUUCCAAAUCAUUAAUAUCAAUGGAAAUGCAGCAAGAGGCAUUGGGUUUUGGACGCCAGAAAGUGGGCUGCUAAGUGAUUUGAAUUCAAUCAACACAAGCAAAUAUUCCACUUUGAAAAGUAAUCUCGGAUCUAUAAUAUGGCCAGGAGAUUCGACCUCUAUACCUAAGGGAUGGGAGAUUCCCACGAAUGGGAAGAAAUUGAAAAUCUUAGUUCCCGUGAAAUAUGGCUUCAAGGAAUUCGUAACGGUGAUUCAAGAUCCUAGCACAAACACAUCCCAAGUCACUGGCUAUUGUAUCGAAAUAUUCAAAGCCGUGGUAGAAAAAUUGCCGUAUGCUGUGCCUUAUGACCUUAUUCCAUUUGCCUUGCCUAAUGGAACUAGCGCUGGCAGUUACGACGACAUGAUCGAUCAAGUAAUUUACCAGAAUUAUGAUGCGUUGGUGGGAGAUACGACAAUCAUCGCGAACAGAUCUUUGUAUGUGGACUUCACCUUACCAUACACCGAAUCGGGAGUUGCGAUGCUCGUGCCAUACAAGGACAACAAGAGCAAGAAUGCUUGGGUUUUCUUGAAGCCACUCACUUGGGACCUUUGGUUAACAACAGGAUGCUUCUUUGUGUUUAUUGCAUUGGUCGUGUGGAUUCUCGAACAUCGAAUUAACGAAGAUUUCAGGGGUCCAGCAGCGCAUCAAGUUGGCACGAGCUUCUGGUUUUCGUUUUCAACCAUGGUUUUUGCACAAAGGGAGAGUGUAUUUAGCAACCUAGCGAGAUUUGUUGUGGUCGUGUGGGUAUUCGUGGUACUUAUACUAACACAAAGUUAUACGGCAAGCUUGAGCUCUCUUUUAGUGGUGCAAAAUCUUCAACCAACUGUGGCUGAUGUGAAUCAGCUCCUAAAGAGCGGAGAAAGAGUGGGAUACCUAGAUGGCUCUUUCGUACAUGAAAUGCUAAAGCAAAUGAAGUUUGACCAUUCCAGACUUGUACCUUAUCACUCUGCUGAAGAAUGCGAUGCGCUUCUUUCAAAUGGAAGCGCAAAGGGCGGGAUCGCAGCAGCAUUCGAUGAAGUGCCAAACAUUAAACUUGUUCUUUCUCAAUAUUGCAAUAAAUAUACCAUGAUCCGGACAUCUAACACCGCUGGAUUUGGCUUUGUUUUCCCAAAAGGGUCUCCGCUAGUACCGGACAUUUCACGAGCAAUCCUUAAUGUAACUGAAGGGCCUGAAAUGAUGGAAAUCGAAAAUGCAUGGCUUACAUCGAAAACCAACUGCCUGGAUUCGACUACCUCAGUUUCUUCCAACAGCUUGGGUCUUGACAGUUUUGUUGGCCUAUUCUUGAUUGCUGGAGCAGCUGCAGUUUUCGCUCUCCUCAUUUUCAUAGUCUUGUUCGUCACAAGAAAUUGGCAUGAUGUAGCAAGUUCUUCAGAUUCACUGUGGGGGAAAAUUGUCGCAUUGGGAAGAAGAUUUCACCAAAGAGACCUCAAUUCCCAUACUUUUAAGAAAGGCAGAUUCAGAGAUAGAAGUAGGGUUGAUGGUGCCAAUGAGAUUGGAGCCGUUGAAAUUAUAGAAAACACCGACUUUCCCCAUAGUCCAUCCAGCCAAAUUGACACGGAUUUAACCAAUGAGCAAGGCACACCGUCUGCAGAACAGCGACUUCCUAAUCAGGUGGAAGAAGGGUGCCCCGAGGUAGUGAUAAACGUCGAGCUUACCAGUGUAAAUUUGGAGAGGUAA